AUGUCGAUACACUCGGAGAAUGUACGAAUUUCUGGCUCAAAGCCAGCCGGCAGCUUCAGCUCCUUCAAGAACGAGAAAGGCCAGCAUGAUUUGCCUCGCACUGUCUCCGUCAACGAAGUCUUCAAGGAGAACGCAACCAAUGGACCAGUCUUUCACCAAACGACCAUAAUUGCUCAGCGCGUUGGCCGGUUCUAUCAAGCGGCGGUGCUGACGCGGGCUGACAAGAUAGACAAAAAGGCUAUCAACAAGAGCUUUGAACUCAUACUCAUUCUACCCAAGAAAAUAUGCCCGGCAGACGAGCCUGGACUUACCCGCACCCCAGGGCUGUAUAUCAAGACACCGCAGCUGAGCACAUAUUUACCCGAUGGCGAGAGCGCCAUUGCGUUCGACGAUGGACUCAUUACAGGGCUCGAGCUCGUGCGCUACGAGAAGACGCUGUUCCAGCGGGCGCACGAUCCGGCAUUUUACGAGGGCGACACGCGGGUCAAAACGAUGAAGACUGUGAAAGAGGCCGUAUGCCACCUGCACAACCUCGGCCUGGCUUACAACGACCUCAGCCCCCUCAAUAUCAUGUUUGUGUGGGGAAGCAGCGAUGAGCCUGUCGUGCUGGACUUUGAUACAUGUCACCCGGAAGGACGAAGCUCCCCGAAGGAGGAAUCGUAG